AUGGGAUUUGCGGCCUAUCUGUACCUGCUCUGCACACACCCAAAUGAAUUCCGCAGUUUAAUCCAGUAUAAAAUAUGGCACGAAGCAAAGCGGGAUAUUACUGCCCAGCGCGAGCACGAGACUAGUGGAUGGGAUAGGGAAAGCAUGCGCAAGUGCUGGGAGUUUCUCGACAUGACCAGCCGUAGUUUUGCUGCCGUCAUCAAGGAGCUCGAGGGCGAUAUGGCUCGCAUGGUGUGUAUGUUCUAUCUCGUGCUUCGUGGGCUCGACACUAUCGAGGACGACAUGACUAUUCCCGAUGAGAAAAAGCAAGUUUUGUUGAGGUCGUUCCACCAGAAGCUCUCCACUCCCGGAUGGACUUUCAAAGAAUCCGGCCCCGAUGAGAAGGACCGCCAGCUGCUGAUUGAAUUCGACCAUGUCAUUGCUGAAAUGGCUCUCUUGAAGCCAGAGUACCGCGAAAUCAUCACCGACAUUUGUCAAAAAAUGCAGAUUGGCAUGGCCGACUAUGCGCAUCGCACCGAGCUAGUCCAGUCCUAUGACCCUCACUCCGGCCUUCCCAAACCAUCUCCUUACCUUGAAAAUGUUGCCGAGUACGAUCUGUACUGUCACUAUGUUGCCGGUCUUGUGGGAGAAGGGCUCUCACGCCUCUUUGCAGCCAGCGGAAAAGAAGUCACAUGGUUGGGCGAGCAACUCACGCUUUCCAACUCGAUGGGGCUGCUGCUCCAAAAGACCAACAUCCUGCGCGACUUGAGAGAGGACGUCGAUCAGGGACGAUACUUUUGGCCACGCGAGUUCUGGGGGGUGUACCAAGGCUCCGAGAAGAGCCGACCCCCCAAGGGAGGAUGGCACGGCUUUUCCACGCCUGAAGACCUCGUUCGUGCAGUGGGUCCUGUCGGCCCAGUCAUCCCGUCGGGAGAUAAUACCCCGGCGGACAGAGCCAUGUUUGCACUCUCCUCCAUGACCCUUGACGCGCUCCGUCACGCGACCGACGCGCUGGACUACCUCGCGCUACUCAAAAACCAAUCGGUGUUCAACUUUUGUGCGAUUCCGGCUGUCAUGGCUCUUGCUACUUUGGAAGUCUGCUUCAUGAACCCGGACGUGUUCAGGAAGAACGUCAAGAUCAGAAAAGGACAGGCUGUGCAGUUGAUUAUGAAGAGUACAAAUCCUCGAGACGUGGCAUACAUGUUCCGAGAUUUUGCACGAGGCAUACACGCCAAGACCUCUCCUGCUGACCCUAACUUCCUCAGAAUUGGAAUUGCCUGUGGACGUAUCGAAGCAUGGGCUGAACACCACUACCCUUCAUUCAUCACAAUCUCCCAGUCCCAAUCGCAACCGGGCUCCACCUCGGUCGAAAUGUCCACCACCGACGCCCGGAUGCGAAUCAUCAAGCGCGACCAGCUGCGCGAGUCCCGACUCAAGGCCGAGGCCGAAGCCAAGCGUCGACGCGAACUCGGACUUCCCGAAAAGGCGACCAUCGAACAAGAGGGUCUGCCCUGGGCUCUUAUCGCUGCCGUUGCCGGGUUCUUUCUGCUUGUAUGCGCGCUUGCGGGUGCGAUUGUGAUGGGCACUGUUUGGUACUUUGGAGACGCCUAG